AUGACGAACACCGAGACCUGGCAGGCCAAAGCAGCGAGCAAACGGGCUAAUAUCCUCACCAAAAUCAAUCCGGAAUGGAGGUUGAGUCCCAAUGACAUCAGGAAGGCUUCCGCGGAGCGGGAUUUGACUGGACCCUUCAUCCAGCGAUUCCUUCCUCCGGAAGACAUAUCUAUCGUAUCAAUGGACAGUGUGCCGAUCGUCAGCGCCAUUAAACAGAGGAAACUCACGAGCCUCCAGGUGGCCACUGCAUUCUGCAAAACUGCUGCGGUCGCACACCAGAUUAAUAACUGUCUGCAUGAGAUAUUCUUUGACCAAGCAUUAGAACGUGCGAAACAACUUGACGAAUACCAAUCCAAAAAUGGUACAACUAUCGGGCCACUUCACGGCCUGCCGGUGAGCGUAAAGGACCAAUUUCACGUAAAAGGACAAGACACCACGACCGGGUAUGUGGGAUGGAUCGGGAGUAAUGUAGGUAUCAAAAGUCCGAGCCAGAUCCACCAAGUCGAAAGCCAAAUGGUUGCCGAAUUGCUCUCGCUGGGGGCUAUCCUCUACUGUAAGACAAGUGCGCCACAAGGACUUUUCUCCGUGGAGACCAAAAACAACAUGAUCGGCCAGACGCUCAACCCGAUCAACCGGAAUUUAUCUUGCGGCGGCUCAUCUGGGGGCGAGGGCGCGCUUCUCGCUCUUCGAGGCAGUACAGUUGGCCUCGGUACCGAUAUAGGCGGAUCUAUACGGAUCCCGGCUGCAUUCAAUGGUCUUUUCGGUAUCAAGCCAACACCUGGGAGAUUCUCAUGUCGAGAUGUCGCUACUACCAAUGGCGGACAGACUACUUACCCCAUGGCGUCCGGAUUCUUAAGUACAUCGAUUGACGGUAUUGAGUUGAUGCUAAAGUCCAUGUUAUCGACUCAACCAUGGCUUCGGGAUCCUGCUGUUACCCCCAUGCCUUUUCGCCAAGAUAUUGUCGAUGCAUACCUUGGAAGAUCUAAUGCUGAUGGCACCGCUAAACGAGGUAGCGCACCCCUAAAACUUGGCGUUCUAUGGACGGACGGAGUUGUAAAUCCCCAUCCUCCAGUGGCUCGCGGUCUACAUAUGGUUAUUGAUGCAGUGAGAGCUGCCGGUCACAAGGUCGUCAAAUGGGAGCCACCUUCGCAUCAUAUUGCCCAUAGAAUACAUGUGGCCAUCAUAACGGCAGAUGGCGGGGAGGACAUUCACAAGCAAUUGAAGCUGUCUGGGGAGCCUGUGAUUUCGGGUCUCGGCACUCCUACUAUGACACUUCGACCACCGAUGGAAUUGCUAAAGUUCCAAGAACUCACCACCCAGGGACUGGAGUUUGAAGCACAAUACUCGGAUUACUGGAACUCGACUGCCAACGACGACGGCCAGAUCGUUGACGCAUUCAUAAUGCCUGUCGCACCUCAUGCAGCAGUUAUUCCUGGAAGGUAUUACCACCUAAAUUACACGGAAGCGCUUAACUUGAUGAAUUACAGUGUAUCGGUGGUUCCUGUCACAAGAGCUAAUAAGAAUCUUGAUCCCUUUGAUCACGGAUAUCGGCCUUUGAACAGGAAAGAUGCGAAGAAUUGGAAAGCCUAUGACCCCGACAUCUACCACGGAGGUCCGGUAGGCGUGCAAAUAGUAGCUCGCAAGUUUGAAGAGGAAAAGGCCUUGGCAAUUGCGAAAAUUGUCCAUGCAGCGCUUGAGGAGGCGAAGGAUCCCCAAUCAGGUUCGAAAAACGCCAGUGGCGUUGGGGUCUCAGCUCGGCUUUAG